AUGUCUGGCCCGGAACCUACUCCUCUCUCAAUCUUGAUCACCCCAAAGCUGUUCUCCCUAAAGGGCAGAACCAUCAUUAUCAGUGGUGGUGGACGGGGACUGGGGCUUUCAGUGGCCCGAGGAGUUCUGGAAGCUGGUGCGAAUGUAGCUGCAGUCGAUUUGCUACCUGUACCAACGGAACCGGAAUGGUCCGAGUAUCAGCAGAUCGCCAAGGCGAAUAAUCUCACUCUAUCCUAUCACAAUCUCGAUAUCAGCGACGCCAAAGCCGUUGAACAGGUGUUCGGGAAGAUUUUUGAAGAUGCCUUUCCGAGCGCUCCCGUUAAAGGCAUGUUCCUGGCUGCUGGAGUCCCUUCAAGCUUGACGGUUUUGGAUUCGAGCAUCGAAUAUUGGCGAAAAGUCUUUGAUGUCAAUACCGCUGGGUCUUUCCUAUGUUGUAAAGCUUUCGCCAAAGAGUGGUUGAGUCAAAACAAGACUAACGGAAACCCAGGAGUGAGCGGCGCAAGUAUCGUCUUGACGGCUAGUGUUGCCGGUCACGUUGCAAAUCGACAAAUACCUUGUUCUGCUUAUUCCGCCAGUAAAGCAGCUGUCAUACACAUGGCCAAGAGCUUUGCUGCUGAAUGGGGGAAGCUUGGGAUCAGAGUGAACGCUGUGUCACCAGGAUAUAUCAAAACAGUGAUGACUGCUGGCAUUGUAGCUGCUCGUCCGGGGUACGAAGAAGAUAUGGUCAACUCGACGUUGUUGGGCCGAGCCAGUACAGGAGACGAAUAUAGAGGCCCGGCGGUGUUUUUGCUUUCAGAUGCAAGCUCUUUUGUCAUUGGUGCCGAUAUCAAAGUGGAUGGUGGUCACGCGGCUUAG